AUGACUGUAUCAGCUCCACAUCCAGAGUCAGUUGCAACUGCUCGUGCUGAACUAAGCACCUUGCUUGCUUCCGUCCAGGGCUCGUUGGCCGACCUAAGAGUGGAGGUCGCAGCGGCUAAGCGCAUCUCUACUAAUGCAAGCGCGGUGGUUGCCGGGUACUCAUCCCCGGUGACCAGGGGUGCCACCAGCCGAUCCGGAUCGGCACAGUCGCGGCCAAGGGACCACCGUUCUGCAAGCGAAAUUACGCCUCCUAUGCACCUUCGUACGUCAGCUGCGAUGGGUCCUUAUGGGCAACCAUUCGGCCCCUUGUUCCCGUCCCCGCCAGGCCCUGAUGGUCUCGCGGUUUCCCCGCCGGCCCUCCUGGCUGCGAGCAUCUCCACGCCGCCUGCGUCAAUAUCCAGCUCCACUGCACCCCAGAAUGAGGAGCUUGUCAAGACAAUCGAUCAGCGGCUCCUGGAGCUGGGACACAAGAUUGAGCGCUCGUUGGAGGAGCAGAGCUUGCGGGCUCAGCUGCAGGCAGUGCAGGCCGCUGCAGCCAUGCAGCAACAGCAGCAAAUGCUCAUGCGCAGUAGCGCGCCCCCCCAGCUAUUCACCGGCUUUGGCAACCUUGCGGCAGCUGCUGCCGCGGCAGCCGGUGCGCAUCCGGCCUUGGAGGCGCCAGCAGCAGCUACAGCGCCGGUUACCGUGGCAUCAUUGCCCGCAGCUGCAGGAGGAGCCGCCGCCAAUGGCAGCGGAGGCGUUGGCUCAUCCGCGGGGCCAUCGCCACUGGUAUUGUUGGCGAUGAACAAGGCAGAUGCAGCAGAGAAGAUGUCGGCGGAUAUCAGCAAAGAGCUGCACGUGCUUCAGAAGUCGGCCGCCAAAGAGGCUGAAGACGUGGAGAAGCGCUUAGCAAGCUUGCUGGAUGCGUCGCGGCAGCACUGGGAGAAAAUGUGCCAUGUCUCCUCGCAGGUCGAGUCGCUGUUAACUCAGCGCUCAGGCGCAGCAGAGCUCCAGGCGGAGGUUGCUCGGGUGGCCACCAAGUUGGUCCAAUUGGAGACAAACCAGGACCGCACAGUGACAAGCAUUGAUGAGCAUCAGCGCCUCAUGCGCCAAAUGACAACUGCAUUGCAGAAGCUGGCCGCCAAGUUGGAGGCCGCCGCGGCGCGGGCGGGGGAGCUGGAGGCACGCAUGGCACGCGUGGGUGACGUAGAAACGCGCAUGGCCCGGCUAACCGAUGCCGAGGUCAAGCUCGCGCGAAUUGCAGAACUAGAAGCGCGCACGGCCCGCCUGCCGGACGUGGAGGCGCGCAUAGCACGCCUUGCGGACUUGGAGGUGAAGGUGGCUCGAAUGGGCGAUUUGGAGGCCAGGUUCUCGCGCUUGGGUGACCUGGAGGGGAAGCUGUCGCGCCUCGCAGAUUUGGAGGCGCGUGUGGGACGCCUGGGCGACGUGGAACAGCGGUUAGCCCGUCUGGCAGAUGCAGAGUUCAAGCUGGCCCGGAUUGGGGAUGUGGAGGCGAAGAUGGCACGGCUGGGCGACGUGGAGGGCAAGUUGGCUAGGCUCGCCGACAUGGAGCUGCGGUGGGCGCGGAUGGGAGAUGCAGACGCGCGGUCAAAGCAAAUAGCCGACCUUGAGGCCCGCGUAUUGGCGCUACAGACCUCAGUUGCCGCUGCGACAGCUUCCCGGUCAACACCAAUGUCUGCGUCUCCAUCCUCGGGCUCCGAUCUCGACACCCAAGAGGUUAUGCGCCGCCUGGCCACGCUGGAGCAGCAUAUGGCCCGCCUGGCAGCAGCUGAGCAGUCGAGCCAGGUUUCUGGUUCCCUUUGCCCUGGGUUGCGCAGCAGCAGUGGGGCUGACCGGCGGCGUUCCGAGCAGUACGGGGCUGGACAGCCAAAGGAUAUCCUUGAGCGGGUAAAGGUGCUGGAGGAGACGGUGCUUCAGGGUUCCUUCGGGCAGGGUAUGUCCUCCAAAUCUAUGCAGGCCAUCCUGGCGCGCAUGGAGCGGCUUGAGCAAAUCGUAAGAGCUGAAAAUAGCAUCGAGGCCAUGGCGCAGGAAGCCCGACUUGCUGUGGCCGAGGAGUUUGUGCUGGAGCUCCGUAAGGACUUCCAGGAUGUGGUUGGACCCACGCUGGAAAAGCUGGCGGCGCAUGUUUCCGAGCUACGGAAGGGCCAGGUGCAAAAUCAGGGCUCCCCCGACGCCGGCAAGAUGGUCACAGAACUGCGCAUCCUCAGCGACCGCGUCGAUGCGCUGGACGCCCAGGUGGCCGAGGUUGCUGCUCAAGAACUUCAUACACGCGAUCUCUCCAACUCGGGCGUUGCAACCAUGUUCCAGGAGCGUGUUGGUAUGCUAGAGCUGCAGGUCAAGGAGCUGAGCGGCGCGAUGGAGGACCAUAAUAGCAUCUUUGGCCGCCUCCAGCGUCAUCAGGCGCACCUAGACCGGCUGCAACAUGAGCUAGAAGCGCUGCGCAACGGCCUGGCGGCCGAGAUGUCGGAACUGAAGGCGCGUAUGACGUCCGUGGAUGGUUCCAUCGGCCAGAUGCACGUUGACGCAGAUGACGUACGCCACCAGUUGGCAGCAUUGCUGCGGCUUGACGAGCAGCUCGCCAGUGUGUCGGAGGCAAUGGUGGGCCUCACCGAGCGUUUAGGCGGGCAGGAACGCCAAGUCGCGGCACUGGAGCAGCAAGCAUUGGAACAGCGGGUGAACACAGAUGCGGCGAUGCGGGAGCUGUCGGAACGGCUUGAGGGCCAGGAGGACAAGUUGGAAGUCUUGGAGGGACGGCAAACAGAGCAGCAAGGGCAGCGCACUGCAGAGGAGGAGACGAUCCAGGAGCUUGGCGAACGCCUGGACGACCAUGACGGCAAGCUGGAACAGCUGGAGCAGCAGCUUCGGCAGCAAUUCUCAUCGAGGGCUACCGCUAAACUUGAGGAGCGACUGGAGGAGCAGGAGAACAAGCUGGAGCAGCUGGAGGAAAAGCAGACGGCGCAGCAGAAGGUCGUGGAGGGCCUCAGGGAGCGACUGGGAGGGCAGGAGGCGGCAGUCGCAGAGCUGCGGAAGCAGCAGCAGGAGCAGAAUUCAACAGCGAACGCGGCCGUGCAGGGGCUGUCCAGGCGUGUGGCGGCGCAGGAGGACAAAAUGGUAGAGCUGGCAGAGCAACAAGAAGAGCAGCGAAAGGCGUUCGAGGCUGCGAGUGCUGCUGCAGCGGCAGUGGCACAGACUGCAAUCGGAGCAGCGGCGACGGCUGGCGCGGGUGCUGGUACUGUUAGCCGCGCGCUGCCAGGAUCCGGCGUCGGGACAGCAAUGGACAAGGAGGGUGCAGAGGAGCUUGGAAACGAGCUGAGGACGAAACUAGAGGGUCUGCGCGCUAGCAUCGGGGACGUGCGUAAGGAGCUCGGCAGCAAGGUCCAGGUACUCGAUGCACAGACCAGGGAGCUUCUGGCCUUCCGUGAGGAGAUCCUUUCGAGUUACGUCGAACUGCAGGAUGGUGUGGAGCGCGCUUCCAACACUGCAGAAGAUGCCUUGCGAAAAGCUGCGGAUCACGACGGAAAGCUGCAGGCGCUGUCAGAAGCUUCCAAGACGCAGGGCCUUGCCUCAAAAAUGUCCGAGCUUCAACAGCGCGUGUCAGACAACGCUGCGACACAACAAGGGCAUUUGGAGGAACUGGAGGCAAAGGUCCAUGCCCUCAGCGAGUUGCUCACAAAGGCCAGCCAGGACUCGCAGGCUGCUGCGGAGACUCGCAUACGUGCGGAGGAACUCGCGUACGAGCUUUCCCAGGCACAGGCGUCCUUGGAGUCCCUCGCUCUUGACUCAGGUCGCCUUGUGGAGCAGCUUGCAAAAGUAGCCUCCUGUGGCGAGAAAACCGCUGGGCAGGUGGAUCGCAUCACAGCAGACCUACAAGGCCACAGUGCAGCGAUCGCCAAGCUGCAGGACGGUCUGCAGCGUAUGGAGAGUCGGCCGAAUGCCACGCCGCCACCUAAAGACCCAGCAGCGGCGGUGGCGGAGAACACGCCACGUGUGGGCCAGUCGCCCAGCCGAGAGGCCUCCGACACCGGGGCGCGUUUGAGCAUGACGCUGCCGGCAACCCGCAGUGGGGCUUCGCAGGCCAUCCUCAACCCUCUUUACUCAGCAUCCAGCGAGGACAAUGUCUUUGGUGCUAUCGUGCCUUCAUCUACGGUAGGAGAUGUGCACGUGUCGGGCACAGAUGUGCACACCAGUAGCAACGAGCCGAGCUCACAACAGCAUACUCCAGGUGAGGCUGCACGGCCACCUAUCGUCUUGGAGGAGGCGACCGUGCGCGACAAGGCGCAGUUCUAUGAAAACUUGGCCAGCAAAACUGAAAAGGCUGGUGUAAUUCCCAGGCGCGCCCGGGGUGCUUUGGGCACCUCUGACGGGGCGCCGUCCCAGGACUCAAGUAUGAUGGGUACGCAGCCCCUGCGUGUCACUGGAUGCGAAGACACGGGUGAUGCCGGCGGCCCAUUCGCCUCCUCAGCUGCGAUUCUGGGCGACUUGAAGGACGCCGAGCCGAUGUCACCCGGCGCAGCCGCCACUACAGCCGCAGGUGCCGUAGGGCUAGCUGGAUUGCGGCAUGCGGCACUGGCCUCCGGCAACAGCCGUUCCCUGCCCCAGACGCCCACCGGCGCGGUUGCGCAAGCCGCCUCCACUGUGGCUGCCGCCGGGGCACUGGCCGCCGUGCGUGCUGCUCGUUCCGGUGGGCUUUCAGGUGACUUAUCCUCUCCCAGAGCGACUGCCGACAAUGAUGAUGAGAAGGCUACGGGCGCAAGCCCGCUCUCAACGGGUGGUACACCGCGUGUGUUUGGGCGUGAACAGUCAUACCGCAGGGGUGUCGAAGAUGAAGAGGUCGCCAUCAGCAGCGAUGAUGAUGAGGGCGGGGCACGGGUGGGCGGGCCAGGCCUUCUGAACCGCGAGCGCACAUUCCGCAGGGGUGAUGCGGACGAGGAGGUGUCAAUCAGCAGUGACAGCGAUGAUGCUGGCGAGGUUAGGCUGGGUGCGACAGAUGACGAUGGCGGCGAGGAUGCGCUUGAUGCCCCUGCGCCCCACAUCAACUUGGCGACGACCCAGGGCUUCGAUGAUGAUGAUGACCUGGACCUGGCCGGUCUGGCGCCACCAGCAGCAGCUGCAGCUGCCUUAUCCACAAACCCCGGUACGAAUGAGCCUCGCGACAAAGGAGCCAUUGAGGGGCAGGACGCCCCCGGUUCCAGCUCCAGCUCUAGCUCCUCAAGUUCGAGCUCCUCGGACAGCGGCGACAUUGAUGAGGACAUCGCGGACGAGUUUGGUGUCAACCAGCCUGCGUUCGAUGACGACGAGGACAUAUCUUCUGCCUGGCCGGGACCAGCGGCCAGCACCGCCGCCACCUCACCGCCGCCUGCACUGCAGCCGGGUUCAGUAGCUGCUGAUGCAGAAGAUCAACCUGCCGGCGCAGCUGCGAGCGCUUCCCCAAGCACCAACGCUCCCAAGACCCUCUCCCAAGCAUCGUCCGUGGCACCUCCAGCUGACACAGCGGCGGCAGCUGAGGGCCCUGCUAACCAGCUCAGCACCAGCGGCGCCCUUGGUGGCCCGCAGCUGGCGCCCCUGCAGCUCUCCAGCAGCGCCGCUGCCAUGUUUUCGCUCAGCGGAGAUAAUCUCAGCCGGCGCAAGCUACCGCCACUGGGUUCCUUGCCGCCUGUAGGGCCUACUGGCAGUGGUCUCAACCCCGCCCUUUCCAGUAGCCGCGGCCUAGACCUAGGUCCACCACUGCUUCGGCCAUCGCUGGCCUCUCUACAGAACAGCGGGAACAUAAGCGGCCAUAUCAGCGGUGAUUUGCAGCGCGCCGGCGGUCUUCCGCCCGUGGCAGGUCCGACCGGCGAGGCUGUUAACCGCAGUGGGCCUGCCAAGCAGGCGCUGCCAGGCGAUUCGCCAUUUGUGGGCACUAUGGUGGAGCCCGGCAGCCCCCUUCGGAGCCUGCUGUCUCAGCCAGUGCAGCAGCCGCACCCCUCCGAGAGUGUGGACGUUGACUUGCCUGCACCGGCCAUGCCGGAGGCGCAUACUGACACAAGCGGUUCAAUGCCUUACGUGGACAACAUGGGCGACUUGUCCGGAUUAUCACAGGAACCUUCGACGUCCACGCACCCAUUCGCAGCAGUGUCCUCGCAGGCGCCCUUGGCGCCGCUUCCAACAGCAGAUCCAGCAAACAACGCAUUGGGUGCCGGGGCAGCCCCAUUGCCGACUGUGAAGUCGGGGCCGAGUGACCGAGGCCUAGCUGCCUUGCUCGACUCGGAUUCGGAGUCAUUCCACGGUGAACACUCCAGCGGUGCUGCGGUCAGUGAUACGGUUGUCGCUGAUAGCGGGAACAGCUUUGCCGCCGCAGCUACUAAUGCUGGCGGUGGCGAACACGAUGCCUCUGCCGCAGAUGGCAUUACCGCUUCGCCGCUGCCAUUCCCUCCUCUCAGUCCUGUGGGCGCCAAGGUGCUGCCACCACUUCCCCGGCUUGGCGCGCUGCCUCCUCUUGCGCGUGCCGGAGCCCUGGCGCCGCUGGGUUCAUCUCCGCCAGGUUCCCCCCUGACGGGAAAUGCAAGCCAGCUCGGCAACUCCCCCGGGCACGCUGUUGCUGCUCUACCACCAGGCAGCAUGGAUGGUGGACAUGGAAGCCAGAAUACAGGGGCUACCGGCGCGUCCAGUGGGCAGGAAGCAAGCCCCAGCGCCGAGAUGCCGCUGCGUGGCAGCACUGCCACUGUCCAUGAAUCGGCGCCGGCCGGCGGCAACAAGGACGACGAUGACGUGGAGGCGGAGGAGGUGGCGGAGGAGUAUGAUGACGAUUUUGAUGACGGUGCAAACAGCUCUGCGCCGCGCGGCGUGUCCCCAGCGGUCACGAAUGCACCCUCCGCCGCGUCCCUCAAGGUUGCUCUACCCCGGGAUGACAGCGAUGACGGUGCUUCUAACGCGGACCUGGAGGUACCUCGAAGUGUCGCCAACCGCGGCAACCUAAGCGCCAGCGACUCGCUGUCCUCCCUUGCCCCACCCCUGCCCAGCCGAGGCAGUGCUGCUGCUCCCGCAUCAUCUCUGCCGCCGCUGCCGCCAGGGCUGCGCCGUACCGCCGACCCGGUGACGGCGCCGCCGCCAGCCACAAUGAGCAGCCGCAUGAGCCUUCUGACUUCGGAAGACAGCCUGGCACUAAUUGCACCGCCGGAAGGCGUUGGUGGUGGGCUGCUCGAGGAUGGCAGCGAUGAGGAUGACAUUUUUGGGGACAGCACCGACGCUGAGGCGACGGGCGGCAUGGUGGAGGCCCCAGUUGGUGGCACCGCGGAGCAGUGGAGUUCCUCGCGCAACCCCAUUCAGAGCCAGGGCUCUAAGGAUCAGUCACUGCCCCAGGGCCAGCCACGCGGGCGGCCGGGGGAGUCGGUAUCGGCUCAGCGGAAGUCGGAUGCGGGCGGCCUGGCUAUCGAGCCUAGCAGCACGUCCAUGGACUUGAACGGGGAGCUGUCCGUUGAAGCUGAACGCAUCGCGGCCAUGCUGUCCAGCGCACAGCCCAGCAUCGGUGCUAGCAGCGCGGACGGCGCCACCAGCAUGAGUGGUGCUAUCGCGGGCUUCGGAGCCUCGACCAGCAAGGGGCCUGCCACAAUGGAGCCUAGCGUCAUCGUGCCCAUGCGGCCGUUGCCCGAUAGCGACGAGCUCAUCGUCUCACCGCCGCCCAUGCCGAUGACGGGCCUCCGAAGCAUCUACGCGCCUCGGCCUGGCAUCACCGAUGGCACAGGAGCCGGUGCCGGUGCCAGCGCUGGUGGCAAUACCGCAGGCGGCGUUCGCAGCAUCUAUGCCAGCACGGCCGCUGCAGCAGCCGCCGUCCAGGCAGGUGCACGGGUGCACGGGAGCCUGGACUUUUAUGAUGAAGAGGAGGAGGUGAGCAGCAGCGGCGACGAUGGCGACAUUGGCGACGCUGGUCGUAGCGGCGGCGAUGGUGGCCGCCAGGAAGGGAUGUCGGUGGCUUACAGUCGCGGCCCUGCAGGCGGCGGCGCUGAUGCAUCCAGAGCAGGUAACUCCGGACUAAGUCGCACAUACAGCAAUGACUCAAUGGAGCUGGAGGUUUUUCGGCCACCACCGCCGGCGUCAGCAGCACAGCCGCAGCAGCCAGCACCGGCAGGGAGGAACCGGGCACGCAGGCUAAGCAACGAAAGUAACACGUCCGCGUCCUCGUUGCGGAUGCACCUGCAAGAGCAGGAACGGCGUGCCGUGCCUGCCAUUCCCUUUGCCGACUCACUGGGUGACUUGAGCACCAGCAGUGGGGCGUACCGGGUACAGGUGGUAACUGGUAGUCGGUCCGGCGCGGGCUGCAGCCAGGGCACUGUGCGGCUGACUCUGUACGGCAGCGAGGGCACCCACGUGGCGCAGCUGCGCCCAGCUGCGCGUAGCGCCAAGCACGGUCCUUCUGGAGGCCAAAACGCUGAUGAAGACGAGUGCCUCCGGGAGGGUUCCACCGACGAUUUCAUGAUAGACACCGCUGAGGAUUUAGGCGACCUGUCGGCCAUUCAUAUCUGGCACCAGGGCGAAGGAUUUAGUGCCUCCUGGUACGUGGAGACCGUCACUGUGGAGCAGCUAAUGACCGGCCUAGAAUGGGCCUUCACUGUGCAGGAGUGGGUGCGCGGCGGCCAGCGCGGCGGCCGUGUCGUGCGGUUGCCCGGCGCGAACUUAAGCCUUAGCCGGGAGAACAGCUUGGCCCGGUUGGCCAGUGCAGGGUUGGCUGGCUCGCAGCCACCCUCGCCACUGCCGGGCACGGCUGUCGGCGGUGGCGGUGCUCCGAAGCGCCGCGGCUUGGCGGCAAUAGGGGAUGAGUCCAUGGAUGUUUCCUCGGAUAUGCCGUCGCCCGUUGACAUGGCUGGCGCAACCGGUAGCCGAAGCGUACGGGGCUCAUUAAGUGAAAGCCUUUCGCGUGCGGCGCAGGCGACCCUGCAGAGCCACGACGUUGCCGCGUCGGCCGCUCCCUCAUCACGCAUCAGGGUAGAGAGGAGCAUCGGGAACACGACGAACACGAGUGGCAGUGUACACUUCAGCGACGGGGAUGAUGGGGACGAUCUCCUGCCCGGCAUGGGCUCAGGGAGGACGAGCCGCGCGGCUACGGCUCCCGCUAGCACGCCCCAGUCGGUGUUCGCGGGUGCGGCGGCAGCAGCGACCGCCGCGGUGGGGGCCACGGCGCGUCCCCGUAUGGCCGCCAAUGUCCCACAGGGUAUCGGCGUGGUACUUGAAGAAGACAUUGAGGAGGUUGAUGGAAUGCUGUCGACCACUGAGGACUUCGAGGAAGGCAGUGCGGACCUAGGCAGCGGCGCCGCAGCCCGACGACAGCCGCUACCGCCCACCCCGCCCCUGAACCGCCGCAACAGCGGCAGCAGCAGCAGCUUCUCCGCCGGCCGACGUCUAUCCGCCCCUGCGCUAGAGACGGAAUGCUCACUGGAGUCACUUGCGGGAGUAGGCGGCGGUUACAAUACGCGACGGCGCGUGCGAUUAUCCGGAAACGGCGAGGACGGCGGUGACCUAGCGUCGGAAUUAUCGGUUGAGGGUAGCGAGCUGUCAAUUGCGUCGGCAGCCUCCCUGUCACUAUAUGCGCCGGAGGGCGUGCGGCCACCACCGCUGUCAGGCUGCGUCAUUGGGGUGGAUUACGUGGGCACCAGCCGCAAACGCGUCUCCUGGGCUGAGUACGCGGAGGAGUUUGAAUUCUUGCGCGACGACGCGAGCAGCAGCGGCUCCGUGGCCUCCCUAACGGAGGACGACAUCCUGAAGGCCCAAGGCGAAACGGUCAGGCCUGAUUCCUCAAGUGUCGGCUAUGAUGACCUCAUGCGCGGCUCAAGUGCCGUUGGAGUCGACUCGAUGGUAGCGGGAGCAAGCCAGGACUUAACAGCUGGCCAGCACCAGUCCGCGAAUAGCGAUGGGCAGGAUGGUGGCGGCUUCACGGAGGUGCCGCUAAAGCCGCGCCGGGGCACGCAUGCAAACUCCUACGGCUAUAAGAUCAAGAUCUUCACGGCCGACAAGCUCAACGCGGGUCUUGGAAACUCUAUGGUGCACCUGGAGCUGUUAGGCCGGGAGGCUACCGUCGCCCAGGCCCUGCCCAAGGAGCGGGGCACCUUCCAGCGCGGCUGUGUUGACCGCUUCACGCUGUACAGCAACACCGGGGACAUGGGUCAGCUCCUCGCGCUCAAGAUCUGGCACGAGGGCAAGACGCUGGGCCCCGGCAAUUGGGGGUUCGAGCAAGUGGUCAUUGACGACAGGCUCAAGGGCAACAGGUACGUGUUCCGCAACCCGGACUCCGAGUGUGUGCUGCGCAAGGGUCGCCGCAACUGCCUGGUGCUCAAGCCGUCUGUUAGCCGCAUUGACGAGAGCGAGGAUCUUGCCGAGGUGGCGCGGGAGUACGAGACGCAGCUGUCGGCCAAUAGGGACCUGAGCGAAGCGGAGCGGGCAGGCCUGCGUGGCAAGCUCGACAAGAUCAACCAACGUCUCAGCAAGCUUGGGACGAAACUUGCACAGUCGCUGAGUGGAAAUUUCGGUUUCCCGUAA